CGCACACCACAGCUCAGUUCACUCGUGUCUCUCAGGUUUCUCUUUCAGCUUUCAGCUCAGGCCCGAGCAGCAGGUGGUUCUUCUCCUGUGUAGUCUUGCAGACGAUAGCAGGAAUUCGAGUCGAAGGACCUUCAGCCUUUUCCGUUAAGUUUGCUUGAGCAGCGAACUAAUUGAAGGCCAUCGAUAUUGCAGUACUGAGGCUCUCCCGCUAUAUUUCUUACGUCCGGCCGUACUCAACGAACUUCUCCGCUUGACCAUGAUGGCUUCACCGAGUUUCGCCCGAAGCUGCCUACUUUUGUACUUUCUGGUGGCGGCAUCUCCCUUUGUCGUCCGAUCCGCAGACGUGACGAUAAGGAGCGUGACACUCAACAGAGCCUUCCUGACGGAGACAACGUACAUCCAGUGCGGGGUCGACAGCAAGCGGAUCACGUUGCCGGGCGUGAAGGAGGUUGACGCCACCGUUACGUACAGCGGCCAGGAGACAUGGCAGCCCGUGCUGACGCUGAAUCCAGGAGAGUGCAGGAGGUGUGGCGUGUAUCAGAUAAAAGCUAUUGUGGGCAUCUCCAUCCCCACGGCGUCAUGGACCACCUGCUAUGACAACUUCACGACUGUCAACCCCAACCCCCCUAAGGGCUCCCGGCUGCAAGCAGUGCGGCCUAGCACGGGGUUUGUGACCUUCAACAGCUCCACAGAGAUGAUUGCCGUGCUCGCUUGCCCUGACUGCAACCAGCCUUCGCCUCCUCCGGCGGCUGAUACACCCGCCGCUCCUGCUGCCCCUGCGACUGGCAGCAGCGCCACAGAUUUCUCCUCUUCCUCCUCCGCCGCUCCUUCCACCGCAUCUGGUGUGCCCAGCAAUGUCACCUCGUGGAUGGCUGACGCGCCUACUACGGAGGAGGGCAGUUAUGACGUAACCAUGUACGUGGCGAUUGGAGCGACGCUGCUGUCAGUGGGCGUGGUUCUGUUUGUGGCGAUCAUUGUGUUCUACUUCUGGCGCAGGGCGAAGGUGGCUCAGAGGGAGGCGGACAUGUACCGGGACCAGGCAGAGAAGAGCAGCCUGGAGAGGGCUGCCGGGGAUGAGGAGGGGCUCCCUGUCUCUGGGGAGGCUAGGGUAUGAGGGAGAUGGGCGAGUGAGGAACAGUGGCAGGGGUACCCUGAGGGGAUACUUUGCAGCAUUGUUGCCUGUCCAGCUCUAGACAAUUUCUCGUUGGCCCAUAGUUACCGCUUCCACUUUGUUAAUGGUUCUCUGCUUAUGGCAGAAGCCUGUGUGUCUGCCAACUGCUUUUGGAUGCUACAUAACCCAGUUUCCCCCAUAUUGAGAGGGAGCUUUCUACUGUCUUUGAUCUUGCCUG